AUGUUGCGAACUAUUACGCUGGGUCUCGCCGGGCUUUCCUAUGCGCUCGCCUCUUCGGUCGCGCUUCCUAAUGUUUUUGUGAGCCAUGAAGGAGAGCCUCAAGGUUUCUUCAAAAACGUGAGCGGCGUGAACAUCUACCACUCUUACCACAAUCAGAACGUUACAACCGGUGGCAAAGCCGUACUUUUCGUAUCUGACAUCUACGGCGUCCCACUCCUAGAGAACAAGCUGCUCGCCGACUCUAUCGCCAGCGCAGAUUACACCGUUAUAUUCCCCGAUCUCUUCAAUGGUGACGCCGUCCCAUCUGAUGACCGCGAAGGUCCUGCUUUGAAUUUGACGGAAUGGCGUCUCCGUCAUCCGGUCGCCGAGAUUGAUAGAAUAGUUGGCCUAACUAUCGACUACAUCCAUAACGAUCUCAACAUCAGCCGAAUCGGUGGCGUGGGAUACUGCUUCGGCGGCAAGUAUGUCCCGCGAUGGCUGGCCGAGGGAAAGGGGAUUGAUGUGGGGUUUAUCGCUCAUCCGAGUGGACUUGAGGCGGCGGAGAUCCAAGGCAUCAAUGGACCGAUCACCAUUGCAGCUGGAGAAUUGGACACUGCGUUCAAUGUCACGGGACGCUACAACGCGGAAGCUAUACUCACAGCAAAGAACGCAACCUACCAGACCAACUUCUACUCUGGAGCUCCACAUGGAUUCGCUGUACGUCCGAAUGUUACCAUCGCGCGCCAGAAGUACGCGAAGGAAGCAUCAUUUUUGCAGGCGAUCUUGUGGUUCGCCGCGUGGCUAUAA